AACGUGAGGAAGUAAAAUUUUGCCAAAAAAUGCAUAAAUUUACGUUUAAAACGGACAAUACAUGAUUAAAUCUUCAUUUUAUGUUUUCAAACUAAACAAUCUUUAACAGGAUUUGAUUGCAUGUCAUCGCGACCAAGAAUAGACGUGUAACCAUGGGGACCAGAAGAACUGAGUAUCCACGAAAGCCUGGGAAAUCAAAGGACCAUGACAAUCUACCAACCCAUAUCUUCACUCCAAGGUCUUACCAGGAGGAGCUAUUGGAUGCAGCCAUACAGAGGAACACAAUAGUGUGCCUGGGAAAUGGCUCUGGGAAGACUUUCAUUGGCGUGAUGCUAAUCAAAGAACUGGCUCAUGAGGUGCGACAACCUUUCGCAAACAACGGAAAAAGAACAGUUUUCCUUGUUAAUACAGAAUCCCUGGUGUCGCAGCAGGCAAAAGUUAUCAGACUUCACGCAGACUUGACAGUCUGGGAAUAUGUGCCAAAUAUGGGCAUUGAUGGAUGGUCUUGUGACCAAUGGGUGGAGGUAUUCAACCAAUCACAAGUUCUGGUUAUGACAGCUCAGAUAUUCCUUGAUGUUUUGAAUCGUGGUUUUCUGAAACUAUCACAUGUGAAUGUAUUGAUAUUUGAUGAAUGCCAUCAAGCGGUAGGUAAUCAUCCAUAUGUGAAGAUAAUGAGUCACUAUGAUGAUGUGCGUACCGAUUCAGAUCAACCGAGGGUUUUGGGGCUGACGGCAUCAUUGCUCAACAAUAAGUGUAAUACUUCCAACAGUCUUGAGGCGAGUCUCACCACACUUGAGCAGACCUUACGUUGCACAGUGGAAACAACCAGUGAUAUGAUUGCAGUAGACUCAUUUGGGGCAAAACCCAAGCAGUUUGUUAUAAAAUGUGAACCAUACAUCGAUAAAACUGGACUUGUUGAGUCACUAGGUGCAAUAUUAAACAGUGCCAUAGAUUUUUUACAAGACUCUAACAUGAAGUUUGGUGAAAGUGAAAAAGAUCCACAUGCAAUAGCUAAAUCGUCCCUAAUGGAAUGCCACAAGAUAUUACAUGGUUUGGGGCCAUGGUGCUGCGAAAAAGUGGCACGUACGAUAUCCAAACAGUUGAAGAAACUUGAAGAAACAGAAAAACAUGAUCUCAAUCGGCGGAUUUUUCAGUUUGCCCUCACGCAGCUGAGGAUCGUCUCAGCAUUGUUCAAUCACAACUUUAAUAAAUUUGUAUAUUCUCUUGAAGAUUUCAAACUUUACGUUUCACCAAGGAUUUUACAUCUGGUAGACAUUUUAUGCCAAUAUAAACCAAAAGCAGAUUUUAAAAUCAUCGGGGAGCCAGGUGUUGUAAAUGAUGACAAUUAUAUGGAUGGCGCCGAGUCAUCAGACGAGGAGCAAAAUGAACCUGGCACUGAUUCUGAUUUCUCUGACGAUGAAUCUCUACCUUUACCUCCAGCUUUGAAGAGCUCAAAUAAAAAGGUUAAGGAUCGGGAAAGAGAUGGUAGUUUGAACGCAAUGCAUUAUGUUGCUGUCGCGACAGAAUCUGAAUCUGAACCAUCACAAAUUCAGUCAAAACGUGCAGAUGCGUUGUGUGGAAUUGUUUUCGUGGAAAGGCGACAUACAGCUGUAGCACUUGAUAAACUCUUACAAGAGUUCUGUAACUGGCACGAAGACUUGUUCUUCCUUAAUAGUGCCCAUCUCACAGGAUACUCCCAGACUCAGAAGCCAGGUGGGAAGAACAAGGAGCAGGAAGAGAUCUUACGAAAGUUCAGAAUGCACGAGACAAACUUGAUGGUUGCGACAAAUGCAGUUGAAGAGGGGGUAGACAUCCCUAAGUGUAAUCUAGUGGUUCGCUUUGAUCCCUCCAAAGACUACAGAAGCUUUGUGCAGUCUAAGGGUCGUGCCAGAGCUGUUGUGUCAAAGUUCUAUAUGCUUGUGGAGAAUCAGUCUUGGGAUACUUUCUCUACUGAACUACAGGUUUUCAAGGAUAUUGAAAAGAUCUUGAAAGGAAAGUGUCACAACCAUGACGAUGAAUCAGAUGAUGAGAGUGAACAGAUAUGUGACCAAGAUUUACUGCCCCCUUAUAGACCAGUUAAUGAAGAUGGCGCCCCUGCAGUGACCAUGACCUCUGCCAUUGGACUAAUCAACAGGUACUGUGCCAAACUGCCAAGUGAUGCUUUCACACACCUCACCCCCAAGUGCUAUGUAGAGGAAGUGGAAGAUAGGGGGACAAGGAAAUAUAUUGCCACUCUGCAUCUUCCGAUCAACUCUCCUAUAAAGGAGGCAAUAAAAGGAUCACCCAUGCCAACCAGGAAGCUGGCUAAGAUGGCUGUAGCAUUGAGAACUUGCAAGACACUACAUGAAUACAAGGAGUUAGAUGACCAGCUGCUACCUGUAGGGAAAGAGAUCUAUAAGUAUGAAGAUGAGGAGAAUGAAUGGGAGACCACUGAAGCUAAGGGUCAACCUAGACCUGGGACAACAAAGCGCAAGCAGUAUUAUGACAAAAGGAUUGCUAAUGCGCUUUGUAACAGUUGUCCAAAAGUUGGUUCUAAGUCAUUUCUGUAUGUUGUGAAUAUGAAGUUGACAAAUCCAAUAUCUGAGGACCAGAACACCAGAGGGCGCCAGCUGUAUCUUCCUGAGGAAGCAGCAUGUAACAUUGGUAUCCUAACCUCUAAGGAGAUAACAAAGAUCCCGCAGAUCCCAGUGUUCACAAGAUCAGGUGAAGUCUCUGUGGUGAUAGAUCUCUAUACAUCACAAUUCACGCUGACUGACUCUGAAUUCACACGGCUAGAGAACAUACAUCGCUACUUCUUCAAGAGUGUUCUGAGGUUGGAGAAACAGCCCAUGGUGUUUGGACCCUCUGAAGCUAAAUGUGGCUUCCUAGUUGUACCACUUACAACAGUUGCGUCUAAAGUGGAUAUUGACUGGAAUUUUGUCAGCAGAAUCGAGGCAAACCAAGCAAGUCCCCGUCGAGUCAACAUCUACGACAAAGACAGAGAGACAUUUGUCUUCAAUAAAGAAGACUUCAACGAUGCUGUUGUCAUGCCAGCCUAUCGCAACUUUGACCAACCACAAUAUUUUUACGUGGCGGAAAUCCGACAUGAUCUCACUCCUGCAAGUCCAUUCCCUUCCCCUGAUCUCUAUGAUACGUUUGCCCAUUACUAUUGCAACAAGUACCACCUGACAAUAACCAGUUUCGAUCAGCCAUUACUUGACGUGGAUCACACGUCUGCUCGAUUAAAUCUCCUCACACCACGCUAUAUUAACCAGAAAGGUGUUGCCUUGCCAACCAGUAGCGCAGAGACACGUCGUGCAAAGCGUGAGAAUCUCCAGCAGAAACAGAUUCUGGUGCCAGAGUUGUGUGAUAUUCACCCCGUUCCUGCAUCCAUGUGGAGGAAAGUUGUGUGCCUUCCAGCAAUAUUAUAUCGUCUCAACUACCUCCUGAUUGCUGAAGAACUUCGCUAUUUGAUUGCUACUGAGGUAGGAAUGGGAGUAGCACAUGUCCCCGAUUCCCACAACUUCACUCCAUUAGACUUUGGCUUCAGCGAAACCACAGAACAUAAGGAAAAUGAAUCAAGUGAACCAAUAAGUCUGUCUACUGGAAACAAUGAUAAAAGCAGAAUCGAUGAGGGCAAGACUACUAAUGACAAGGCUGUGAAUGGAGGAGUGGGUACUGAUGUUAAUGAGAAAGUGAGUAGGGAAGAAAGCAGCAAGAAAGAUGUUGACAGUAGUGCUACUGGUAAUGUAGUAAAUGGGAAACUUGAUGCAGUUCCUGAACAAUGCUACAACAACAAAGAUUCUACCUCUACAAUAGAGCCACCAGAACAUUCCAUUGAAAACACUGUUGAAGAUAAACAGAAACGAGAUGAGAAAAUGUCUAAGCCAGAGGACUUUAAAAUAACUGGACAAAAUGAUGUGCCUAAUAUUAAACAUGUUGUUAAUAACAGUGAAGAUUUACAUGAAGAUGAGCUAGAUAAUGUUGACCAAAAUAUGCAAUGUGAUAAGUUUGUUACACCUAAUGCUACCUCAAAUGAUGGUGUUGAACGAUCAGAAGAAAAAGCUAACUGUGAUAUGAUAAUUAGAGAGAAUGGGAUGCCGGCAAUCUCAGUUGAUAAUAUACAUACUAACGGUGCAGAUUACGAGAAGUCUACUAAGACUAAAGCAAGAGAUGCAAUGCAGAAACCAAGUGAACCACCAAUGAAGAUCCUCCCAAGCACUCGGUUUGAUUUCGAAGUUGAUCUCGAUAAUUUCAUUGGACCAAAUCCAUGCACCAUAUUACAAACUCUUACAAUGUCAAAUGCCAAUGAUUUCUUCAACCUUGAAAGACUGGAGACAAUUGGUGAUUCUUUCCUGAAGUUUGCUAUCACUGUGUACCUUUACUGUACUUACCCAGGCAUUCAUGAAGGUAAACUCAGCUACCUGCGAAGCAAACAAGUCAGCAACUUCAACCUGUAUCGCUUAGGGAAAAGGACCCUAUUCCCGGAAAUAAUGGUCGCAUCAAAAUUCGAACCCUCUGAGAAUUGGUUGCCACCUGGCUAUUACGUUAAAACUGACACUCGGCUUCUGUUCCACGAAGAUAAUGAUCUCAAGCCUGAACCCAGUGAUUUCCCUAGUAACCUACUAAGUGAAUUCACUCCCAAAGUGAACACAAUUGAUAGCCUAACAGCAGAUAGAUCUGAUAGUGAUAACACAGCGCAACAAUUGCGCUACGACCGAGAGCUGGCAGCGCUCACUUUUGCUACCUCUGAGGAUAAAUCCGAACGUGUUUUGGAGCAAGAUAUCACGCCCCAUACCAAAAAGUGCCUUAUACCAUAUAACCUGCAGACACAGCAUAGUCUACCUGAUAAAAGUAUAGCCGAUUGUACAGAGGCCCUGAUUGGCUGUUAUUUGACGACGAUGGGCCAGCAUGCUGCACUAUUGUUCAUGUCCUGGUUGGGACUUUAUGUUCUACCCGAGGUGCAACCUGCCAAAGCUACAGAUACUGCGCAAGCUUCUAAGCCCAGAACCAUCCGUGAGAGAUAUGGCAAGCUUGCCCAACCAGCUUCUCCUGUCCUCCUCCAUGUACAGGACCAUGAGAGCAUUCUACAGCACCAGUUCAGGAGCUGCCAGGGCUUUGAAGAGAAGAUUGGCUAUACAUUCAAAGACAAGUCCUACCUCCUACAGGCAUUUACACAUGCCUCUUACCAUUAUAACAGGAUUACUGAUUGCUAUCAAAGACUAGAGUUCCUCGGCGAUGCAGUUUUAGAUUACGUCAUCACUCGCCAUCUAUAUGAAGACCCUAGAAAACACAAUCCUGGAAUUCUGACAGAUCUACGCUCUGCUCUUGUAAACAACAACAUAUUUGCGGCAUUGGCUGUCAAGUGGGACUAUUACAAAUACUUCAAGGCUGUCUCUCCAGAGCUGUUCAAUGUCAUCAAUAGAUUUGUUGAGUCCCAGAAAGAGAAGAAUGAUGAGAUAUGUUUUGAUGAGUAUUUCAACGAGAAUGAUGAUACAGAGGAGGAAGAAAACUCUGAGGACCUUGAAAUUCCCAAAGCUCUAGGUGAUAUAUUUGAAUCUGUAGCUGGUGCCAUAUUCCUUGAUAGUGGCAUGUCUCUAGACAAGGUGUGGAGUGUUUACUACAGGAUCAUGAAGCCACACAUAGAUCAGUAUACAGAGAAAAUACCAAAGUCACCAGUAAGAGAGCUGCUUGAGUUGGAACCUGAAACAACCAAGUUUGAGAAGCCUGAUCGAACUAUUGAGGGUAAGAUUCGAGUGACAGUUAAUGUGGUAGGAAAGGGCAAGUUCACUGGGGUGGGACGCAGUUAUCGUAUAGCGAAGGCCUCCGCAGCCAAACGAGCACUGAAAGGAAUCAGACAAGCAGAGUUAGAGAUGAGAAAGCAAAUGUUGAAGCAACAAGCAAUGUUUGAACUGACAUUUGGUGAACAGUAGUACAAUAGAAUGUUCAGAUGAAUCAAAAAGUGUGGAAAAACAAUGAAAUAACAUGCAGUGAAAUAAUAUACUAGUAUGUAUUGUAAUAUAUGCCCUAAUGACAUCUGGGGAAAUGGUCUCUUGGAAACUAACAUGCUGAGAUUAAACCUGUGAUGAACCAUAGCCUUGGAAUAGAGAUAAGAAACCAGAAAUAGAAAUGUAGAAAAAUUAAUGAAUGCAACACAGAUGUAUACUGGAGAUAAAAGGGAGGAUGUAUACCCAGGGGGCUUUGUGCACAAUUCAUUUUGCAUUCAAUCCCUAAUAUAUUUAAUGGAAUCAAUUUUUGUUUUAUGAGUUUUAUGAUAUCAAUGCCACAACUGGUUAUAGGUUCCAUUGUAUAUCAUAGUAUUUGUGUAUGUGUAAUAUACUGCAAUGAUUGAGGACAAUGAACUGAGGGGGUAUGUCAAAGAAUGUGUUCUAUAACUGUGAUAGAAAGGGGUCUCCCUAGAAUUGAAGAAACUUAGGACUGCACCUAACAUCCGCUGAAGACUUGCACUCAGCUUAAAACCCAUUUGCGCUCAAUUGAAAUUUACACCCAAUUGAAAACCUAUUUGUCCAUUUGAAAUGUACACCCAACUGAAAACCCCAUUUGCACACACUUGAAAUUUACACCCAAUUG